AAAAGCUGCAAUGAAAAGGUAGAAGAAAUAAUGCUAUGGCAUUGUUCAAUUAUCUUCUUCUUUUCUUCCUCUUCCUCGUUUGCAAUUGCACAGCAGAGCACUUGGGGGAGUUCUGCAACAAAGACAAGAACAUAAGCAGUGACAGCCCGAAAUCAGCCAACAUUGAUCAUUUGUUAGCUGAUCUGGUGUCAAAGACCUCCUCAAAUGGCUUCACUGCUACUUCCUAUGGCGUAGGCGAGGAUCGAGUCUAUGGACUUGCCCAAUGCAGGGGGGACGUGAGCAAGAAGGACUGCUCGAGCUGCAUCCAAGACGCAGCAAAGCAGAUCCGCCAACUCUGUCCAAAUCAAGCUGAUGCCAGGAUAUGGUUUGAUUAUUGUUUCUUGCGGUAUGAUAUUCAGAACUUCAUAGGAGAAGUCGAUACAGCUUUCGGAAUAUUCUACUGGAAUGUGGAGAAUGUAACAGAUCCAGAGACAUUCGACAAGGAUCUUGGAGCUCUAAUGGAUCAAGUGAGAGAACAAGCUUUGGUGCCUAAAAAUGGUGGGUUGGGUAAAGGAAAGACCAAGUUGACACCUUUUGUAACUCUAUAUGCAUUGGUGCAAUGCACUAGAGACCUGUCUCAGCUACCAUGUGCUCAGUGCUUAGCCAUAGCCGUCGGCAACUUCCCGGUGUUCUGCGAGCACCGGAAGGGCUGCCGAGUUCUAUACAGUAGUUGUUAUGUCCGGUAUGAGCUCUAUCCCUUCUUUUUCCCUCAAGACUCAAGCAACAGUACUGGUUCAUCAGGUAAGUAUUUGAGAGCUGUUAUGCAUCCAUGACUACUUAAAGAUAGAAAGAUACAAUCCAGUGAUAAUGUCCAGUGAGAUAAUGUAUCUGCACAUUUUCCUUGAAAUAAAGAAGUGGAAAGCAAAAUCAUGGAGGCCUGGUGGUAAGUAACCAUUUGGUUUGAAGCAAGAAAAAAAAUAUUAUUUUCUACUUGUACUUUUGAUGGUAGAUGCAUGACUCUUUUCCUUUUUUUC